CGAACGUAAUGGAUGGAUGCAAACGUACUCGGUGCUGUUUGCUGUUUGCUGUUUUUUGACGUCUAAAGUGACCGCAGACAGUCCAGAGUGAGCGAUAUCUGGAAGGGCUUGGAGCUGCAUGAUGUCAUCGAAACAAGAUGAGUCGUCUUUCUGUGUUUGGACAACAGUUGGUCACUGUAUAUUCAGCUCAGAUCAAAGCUUGGGAUCCCACUUUACAUUUCCAUCAGAUUGUAUUGAUUUGCAAGAAUUUCAUCUAGUUGAUAUGUAUUCGAGUGCCUUCACAGUCGAGAUGAAAGAACAAUUUUUGAUGUCAUUUAGUAAAGUAGACAGCACAUUGAGAGUUCUGAUAGCUACAACAACAUUUGGGAUGGGUGUUGACAUUCCCAACAUUAGGUGGAUUGUUCAUUGGAGUCCUCCAAGACUCAUUGAAGAUUAUGUCCAAGAGACUGGGCGAGCUGGAAGAGAUGGCUUGACAGCACCUGCACUGCUUGUAUAUGGACAUCUGCACAGGACAGUUUCAUCCUCGAUGAAGAAGUAUGGACAAAAUUUUACAACUUGUUGUAGGAAGUGCUUAGUUGCUGGUAGUGAAGACAUUGCAGGAAAAGGAUGUGGUUGUUGUGAUGUUUGUGUACUUAGUUGUGACUGUGGUAACUGCUGUACCUUUGACCUUCCAGUGAAAUAAAU